AUGAAAGAUUAUAUAAAUUAUAACUUUGAAGAUAAUAAAAGUGAGUUGGUUAUUAUAGUAAAUGAUAAAAAUGAGUUUCAAGAAUUACAAACUAGAAAAGUUAUGAGAAAAAAUAAUUUAUGGCAUAGAUCAACAUCAAUUUUAGUUCUUUCAAAAAAUGAACAAAAUAUUCUUAUCUAUAUACAUAAAAGAUCUAAAAUAAAAGAUUACUGUCCUUCUUAUUAUUCUAUUGGAUUUGGUGGUGUAUUAUCAGAAAACGAAAAUUUUUUACAAAACGCAGUAAAGGAAUUGUAUGAAGAAAGUGGUAUAGUAAAAAAACCUGAGCAGUUAUUUGAUUUAGGAUUAAUAAAAUGUGAAACGGAAUAUAUAAAAGCAUAUAUUACUUUCAUUCACCCAGAUUUUCAAACUACACCUCAGUUAAAUGAAGUAGAAUUUAUAUCAAAAAUUUCCUUAAAUGAUUUAGAUGAUUUUGUUAAAAAAGAAGAAGUAACACAAAUAAGCAAAAAUGUGUAUCAUUAUUUUAAAGAUCAAAUAAAAAAAAUUAAUUUAGAUGAAAUAUAUAAUAUGACCAUCUAA